AGAGGGAGACAAAGCUGAAAUGAAGGGAAGAGAUUGUUUCAAGUGGAAUAACCCACCCGUAACAAAGCCUUUUUGAAGAGAACUAAAUUCACACACGGACUUUCUCUCUCUCUCUCUCUCACUCACACACAGGGUAGUGGUACAAAAAGAGAAAGAGAAAAAAUAGAGGAGGGUGAGGGAGAUAGUGAGAGAGAGAGAAAGGGGGAGUGUGUAAGACAGACGAACUGAAGAAAAGAGAAAGAUAUAUAUAUAUAUAUAUAUAUAUGUAAGGUGAGAGAGGGGGAGAGGAGAUAUGAAUCAAACGCCAUUACCUUUAUGAAAAGGUGUGAGGGACUUAGGUGGCAGAACAAAACUUGCUUACGUGAAAGACACAUAAUAUAUGGAAUUACAGUGUGUAAACAACAUCGAGGUGGAAUCUCUCUCUCUCGGCAAACAGUUUGAAGAAAAAUAAAAAUAAGAGAAGGAUAACGUCCAUAACAAAGUUAUGUUUGGGAUGCUUCCGAUGCGAUGAUAAAUACCUUGCAGUCUUCUCCAAUUAUGGCGCUUGUUGAGUGUUGCUGAGAGUGAUGUAAAUGGGGUGCGUAACCUACUGGGACGGUUUGUGAGGCGGGUGAUUACUGGUACUCAUAAACACACGUGUGCAGAUACGCAACUACUGCUCAUUUCUGUUGACGAUUGUAUAUAACAACCCUCUAGCCUUUCCCACUCUGUAUACUUCUCUGAGAAACCGACAGCGAAAGAAUCCUGGAGCCCAAAUGAUUUAUAUUCUUGUUAUAAAAUUAGAAUAAAAUAAAAUACAACAAUAAAAGAAAAAGAAAAAAGUUAAAAGGAAAAUGGACCCAGAAGGAGAAAAAAAUCCAGAACGUCCAAAGAGUAUAUUUCAUUUGCUUAGAAACAGCUUUAAAAAGAGUUUUUCUUCGCCGAGUAAACCCAAGAAAGUCGAAGGAAUCGAAACACACGAAGAUCCCAACAUCAAAGAAAACGACGCUGUGAAGAAUGGCGUUCUCAGAAAAGAAACGUCGCAGGAUAACAGCACCACAGCCUCUAGUGCUAGUAAGUCACUUAAAAAAUAUCUCCCUGAAACUUCUCUAGAUUUGAAUUUGGAUUCAAAUUUAAACGGAGGACUAGAAACACCUCAAGAAUAUAUUGCUUCGUUGAGAUCUGCCGAAAGCCAGAAAGAAGGCGUCGAGGAAUUAGAAGCAGAAGAAAAGGAAGAAAAAGAAAAAGAUGUAGUAAUUGAAGAUAUAGUAAAAGAUGUAAGAACUGAAGAACAAGAAAAAGAUGUAAUAACUAAAGGGAAAGAAAAAGAUGUACUGACUGAAGGAAUAGAAAAAGAUGUAAAAACUGAAGAAAAUGAAAAAGAAAAAGAAAAAGAUAUACAAAAAUUUGAAGAAAGAGAAAACUAUGUUCGUGAAGAAAAGGGUGUAACACUCGAAGAAAUAGAAAAAGAUGCGGUAAAAACUGAAGAAAUAGAAAAAGACGCGGCGAAGACUGAAGAAAAAGAAAAAGAUAUUGAAAGAAUUGAAGAAAGAGAAAGAGAUAUAGUGGUAAGUGAAGAAAUACAAAAAGAUGCGGCGAAAACUGAAGAAAUCGAAAAAGGUAUUGAAAGAAUUGAAGAAAGAGAAAGAGAUAUAGUGGUAAGUGAAGAAAUACAAAAAGAUGCGGCGAAAAUUGAAGAAAUACAAAAAGAUAUUGAAAGAAUUGAAGAAAGAGAAAGAGAUAUAGUGGUAAGUGAAGAAAUACAAAAAGAUGCGGCGAAAAUUGAAGAAAUAGAAUCAGAUACGGCAAAAACUGAAGAAAAAGAUGUUGAAAAAAUUGAAGAAAGAGAAAGAGAUGUAGUAAGUGAAGAAGUAGAAAAAGAUGCGGCAAAAACUGAAGAAAAAGAAAAAGAUGUUGAAAGAAUUGGAGAAAGCGAAAGAGAAGUAGUAAGUGAAGAAAUUGAAAAAGAAGUUGUAACAACUGAAGAAAGCCGAAAGGAUGUUAUAUUUGAAGAAAAUGGAAAAGUUGUAAAAGGAAUCGAGAAAGAAGGAGAAAAAGCUGCAAUAAUUACGGGAAAAGAGAAAGAAAAAAUUAUUGAAGAAGAUGAAAAAGAACAAAAAAUAGAAACUGAAGAGUCUAUAAAUAACCAUGCUUCUUCCGAUGAUGAAAAUGCAUUUGUAAGAAAUGGUAAUUCACAAAGAGAAAAAGAUCUGAUUGGUGCAUACACAGAAAAGAAUGAUGAACAAGAAUGUGAUGUGUCUGGAACUGCAGAAAAGCCACUGUCUCUGUUAAACCAUAUUCAAAGUAGUUCAACUAUGGCGGAAAAUAAAGAGGUCCCUCAUGUGACAUCAGACCAACUCUGUGAAAAACCUGAUUUGACUACAAUAGAUAUGUACAGUUCCGAAGAGUCAUCAUCUCAUGCUGGAAAGCACGAAUCCACGUUGCUCUCUAACGAAGAUAAGGUUCUCCCAGACAAAAAGGACAACGUUUCCUCUCAAUCUUUCCCUUCUGCUACUUCUCUUCCUUCCAAUUCCUCUUACGCUGAAGAGAAACUAUUAGACAAGGAAAAGGAAGAGCCAAAGCCAGAAGGUAAUAAUUCGUCAGAUCCAUUAUCUUCGGAAGCUAAAUUGGAUAGUAAGAAUGAUAAUACUGAUAACACUGAAAAUAAAAAAGAUAUCCCAGACAUUGUUGCUCCAAAUAUUAUACGUCAGCCAGAAUUUUCGAAAUGGGGUGCGUUUCUUCCAAAGCCAUAUUCGAAGCCAUUACAACAACCCUUCAAGAAAUUUUCACAAUUAUUUCUGGGUAAACCGAAGUCAACAGCGAAGCUUUCGUCAGAGUCAUUGCCGCAAUUACAAUCAACGAAUUCAACAACCACCAAUUCCACAAUCCCACCAACUCUUCGCACCGACUCCUCACUUCCUUUAUUACCCUCGCAAAUUGCAAAAUCCUCUCCCAGACACGCUCACCAGCAGUUACAAUCUCAAGAACCAACUUCUACACCUUUAUACACACAGCAUACACUAUCUUCGUCUUCCAUUCCACAAUCAAUAUCGUCAGUAGAAUUAUCUCCAUCAUUGUCCGCGGCACCUUCCCCACCUCAAACUGAAAUAAUAACCACAGCAUCCUCUUUGACACUGGAUACAAUACAACCUGAUGUAUUAAAGAAGGAAACAUCGGUGACAUUGCAUGAGGUGCCAUCUGUCACACCAGAUAAGAAACUGCCUGAGGUACCAUCCAUCACAUUGAGUGAAAAACUACCUGAGGUACCCUCAGUGACAUUAGAUGAGAAAUUGCCUGAGGUACCAUCUGUAACAUUGACUGAAAAACUACCUGAGGUACCAUCAGUGACAUUAGAUGAGAAACUGCCUGAGGUACCAUCAGUGACAUUAGAUGAGAAACUGCCUGAGGUACUAUUAGUGACAUUAAAUGAGAAACUGCCUGAGGUACCAUCUAUUACAUUGAGUGAAAAACUACAUGAGGUACCAUCAGUGACAUUAGAUGAGAAACUGCCUGAGGUACCAUCUGUUACAUUGAGUGAAAAACUACCUGAAAUACCAUCAGUGACAUUAGAUGAGAAACUGCCUGAGGUACCAUCAAUGACAUUAGAUGAGAAAUUGCCUGAGGUACCAUCUAUAACAUUGAGUGAAAAACUACAUGAGGUACCAUCAGUGACAUUAGAUGAGAAACUGCCUGAGGUACCAUCUGUUACAUUGAGUGAAAAACUACCUGAGGUACCAUCUGUUACAUUGAGUGAAAAACUACCUGAGGUACCAUCAGUGACAUUAGAUGAGAAACUGUCUGAGGUACCAUCAGUGACAUUAGAUGAGAAACUGCCUGAGGUACUAUCAGUGACAUUAGAUGAGAAAUUGCCUGAGGUACCAUCUGUUACAUUGAGUGAAAAACUACCUGAGGUACCAUCUGUUACAUUGAGUGAAAAACUACCUGAGAUACCAUCAGUGACAUUAGAUGAGAAACUGCCUGAGGUACCAUCAGUGACAUUAGAUGAGAAACUGCCUGAGGUACUAUCAGUGACGUUAGAUGAGAAAUUGCCUGAGGUACCAUCUGUUACAUUGAGUCAAAAACUACCUGAGAUACCAUCAGUGACAUUAGAUGAGAAACUGCCUGAGGUACCAUCAGUGACAUUAGAUGAGAAAUUGCCUGAGGUACGAUCUGUUACAUUGAGUGAAAAAGUACCUGAGGUACCAUCAGUGACAUUAGAUGAGAAACUGCCUGAGGUACCAUCUGUUACAUUGAGUGAAAAACUACCUGAGGUACCAUCAGUGACAUUAGAUGAGAAACUGCCUGAGGUACCCUCAGCGACAUUAGAUGACAAACUGCCAAAGGUAUCAUCUGUGACACUGGAAGAUAAACUGCCUGACGUUGCAGCUGUCACAACGGGAGACAAACUGCCCGAUGUUUCAGCUGUAACAUUAGGUGACAAACUUCCUGAGGUAUCCUCUGUGUCAUUGAGCGAGAAACUUCCUGAUGUACCAUCUAUGACAUUGGGAGACAAACUGCCCGAUGUGCCAUCUGUUACAUUGGGAGAUAAACUUCCUGAGGUACCCUCUGUGACACUGGAUGAGAAAUUGCGGGAGGUACCGUCUGUAACAUUGGAUGAGGAACUACAUGAUAUACAAUCUCCCACAUUUGGAGACGAACUGUCCGAUGUACCAUAUGUGACAUUAGGAGAUAAAUUGUCUGAGGUGCCAGUAGUCACUUUAGGAGACAAACUCCCUGAGUUACAAUCUGUGACAUUGGGAGAUAAACCUCCUGAGGUACCAUCUGUGACAUUGGGAGAUAAACUCCCUGAGGUGCCAUCUGUGAUAUUAGAUGAAAAGUUGCCUGAGGUAGCAUCUGUGACACUGGAUGAGAAAAUGCUGGAGGUACCAUCUACGCCAUUGGAAAACAAACAGACCGAGGCACCACAGUCUUAUUCACAAUCUGAAGUACAGGCUAAGGAAUUGACUGUGCUGCAAUCUAAUGCAUUGCUUGAGCCUAUCUCUUUAAACCCAGUUGAGGAACUAUCUGUAAGACCAACUGUUGCAGUGUCUGAACCGCAAUCUCCAAAAUUAUGUGAGGUACCGCCCCUAGUACCAGCACUGGAACUGUCUUUGGCACCAUCAGUGACACAAUCUGUGGAAUCAUUUCUGGACUCAUCUAUGGUAGUGUCUGCAGAAUCACCCAUGACACUAUCUGAGGUUUCGUCCCUUAAUUCGUCUGCUACUUUGCCUCUCUCACAAUCACCUUCUACACAAACUUUGCACUCAUCGCCACCGACACCACCUGAAACGAUGUCGCCGAUGCAGCCUGAAAGAGAAACACCUCUGCUAACACAAUCGUCGACAUCCCCGACAACUUCCCAUUUCUUCUCUUCGUCACCAUCGACACAGUCGACAGAGACUUCCUCUUCCCCUACCUCGUCUCAUACCACGCUGUCGUCACAUUCUCGUGCAAUGCCACCGACAGCGAGUGUUGAAGGAGAUAGCAGCAGUGUGAACGGAAAUUUCACAAUUAUAUAUCAAGAUGCUAACCACGUAGUCCAGCACUUAAGCGACGACAUGUACAAGACAAUGAAACAGAGCAUCAAACGAGGCCGUGUGAAGGAAUUGCAGAAGAUAUUUUCUACGUGCAUCUACGACAAAGAUGACUUGCAUCAAAAUAAAGCCCACUCUAUAAAUGGCGGAGAAAUAUCAGAUACUUCUUGGGUGCAUACAAUCGGAACGAAACCAAUAGGAUACAGACCAGUAGAAAGUAAUUUGAAUCAGAUAUUUCGUGUACAGAACAAGCAAAACGAAGUACAACGAGAGGAAAAAGAACUGAAAACAGGGGAAGAAAAGAAAGAACUACUCAACGAUGAACUGCAGCAAAAACAGCAAACAGAGAUAACAGAAAAUACUUUCAUCAACGUAGAUGUGGCCUCCGUUCCUCUCUAUUCUACUUCAGACAAUGCUAUGCAAAGUGGAGACACUAUUUAUAAAACAGAGCCAAAUAUACUGACAAAUAUAUCGGACACAUCAUUUAAUACGUCCGAAGCUGAGGAAGUGGGGCUGGUUUCUGAACGUCUCAUUAACGUCAAGCAACAACAAACAGAAGAGUCUCUACUGCUACCGUCGACUGGUUUUCAAACUACGAUCACAUCAGAUAUAAUGUUUCCUGAGCAGCAAUGUAGAUUGGAAUCGAUGUCUAAAAUUAACGACAACAUCCGGAACGAAAGCGACGAGAAUAGCAGUUACGAAAUAAUUAAUACGAUCACCAACAACGACAACCGUAAUAUCGACAUUAAAAACAACAACAACAAUGAUCUCUACAGCAACAACAACGAUAUAAAAGGUGUCAUUGAAACAAAAACGGAUAAUUAUGUUCGCGGAGAAGAUAUGACAGAAGAGGUGCUUGUUGUUGAGGUGAAUAGAAAGGUGGAAACUAUCAACGACAGUAAUGUCGUUAACGAUCAAAACAGUAGCCAGAUCAACAAUAUACAUGACGACGACGACGACGACGACGAUAACAACAAUAACAGCAUCACCUUGGGGAAGUUUUCCACAGUUGAGGGAAAAACUGAAUCACAGUUGUACUCAAGAAAUAUUUCAGAGUCACCAGUGACCGACCAGGAGUACAGCAAUGGAAUCAGAACCAGUGGAAAUGAAGAAUUCAUAGUAAAAGAUAUUCCAUCAGAAAUAUCAGGCGAAUCCGAAAUCGUAGAACAACAAAUAGAAAACCAGAUUACCGAUAAAAUUGAUGCCAAUAGAGAGCUUGAAGUUGAAGCUGAACUAGGAAACGAGCUUAGUGAGAAGUCUGUAAAACCAAUUAGAAAAGAAGAAACUGAAUCGUCUGGUAGAGAGGAUGCCGAAAUCAGGAAAAAAAAUUUAGCACAACGUCCAGAAAAAGUUCAUAACAAACCCAAUAUACAAGAAUUGUCGAUUUUCGACGUUUCGAAGACUGUCAGAAAACACAAAGUAAGAAAACUUGCAAAGAUCUGGCCGCCAACAAGAUAUAUGGAUGAUGAAACAGAAACAUAUGUUAAUUUUCAACCUUGGAAGAAAGAAAAUGACAUGUAUUCAGAGAAAGAGAAUCAUAAUAUUGGUGGAAAUGCAGGAGACGAUGAAACUAUUUUGUUGAACGGUACUCAGACACACAUCCUAGAAGAUAACGCAACUGUGAAUGAGAAACACAGACCAACUGCUCAAGAAAGACUCAGAAUUGUUAACAAACAUAUUGGAGAAAGAGCAGUUGAUGUAACAUCAGCUAAAGGAUUCCUGCCUUCACCUGACAGUAAAGUUGUACAUGAGACCGUGGAAGUUAGCCCACCCACAGACAUACAAGAAACUCUCCCUUCAGUAAACAAAGAAAUUGUAUAUGAGACUAUAGAAAAUAGCCCGCUAACAGUAGCACAAGAAACUUCUGCUUUGCAGGACGGAGAGAUGCAUGAGACUGUGGAAGUUAGCCCAUCGACAGAUUUGACAAACUUUGCUGAAAUUUCUUCAGUCAAGGAAGCCGAAACCUUGCCUGCAAUGAAAAGCGAAACUAUAUUGAAAACUUGUGAUGAACCCCUCUUUAAAAAAACGGAAGAAUCUAUCACUUUCGUGAAGAAAGAAGAUGCUGAUGAUGUUAAAGAAAUUACUUCUGCUACAAAAGAUGAAGAAAAUUUUGUCCCAGAUAAGAGCGUUGCUGAUGUGCUCUCAUUGAAUGACUCUGAAAUAACUGGCGAAAUUAUUAAGACUGAGCAAUCACGUAGACCCAGUGUUCAAGAAAGACUCAGGAUUGUAAACAGCCGAAUUACACAGAUAAGAAAUAAAAAUAUUCCGGCUCAACAAACAGAAGAAAUUAUCCUUAAAACAAAUGAGAUUGCUCCCGAUACAAAGGUCCAAGAGAAUACUGAUUCUGUAACCAGUAAUACUGCACAGAGUUUUUAUGCGCUAACCCCACUAAUUCAGCCACAAGAAUUCAGUACCCUGAACACUGAAGUUGCACACAAGUACGUGGAGGUUAUCCCACCAUUAAACACACAAGAAUCUAUCCUUUCAGUAAGCAAAGAAGUUAUACAGGAUUCUGUUGAAGUUAUCCUUCCAAACGUCACACAAGAAGCUCUCCCUUCAGUGGACAGUGAAGUCGUACAUGAAGUUGUGGAAGUUAGUCUACCAACCGUCACACAUGAAGAUGUCUCUUCAGUGGAUAGCGUAGUUGUACACGAAGUUGUGGAAGUCAGCGUACCAACCGUCGCUCAAGAAGCUGUCCAUUCAGUGGACAGUGAAGUUAUACAUGAAGUUGUAGAAGUUUACCUACCAACCGUCAAACAAGAAGCUCUCCCUUCAGUGGAGAACGAAGUCGUACAUGAAGUUGUGGAAGUUAGCCUACCAACCGUCACACAAGAAGCUGUCCCUUCAGUGGAAAGUGAAGUCGUACAUGAAGUUGUGGAAGUUAGCCUACCAACCGUCACACAAGAAAUUGUUCCUCCAGUGGACAGUGAAGUCGUACAUGAAGCUGUGGAAGUUAGUCUACCAACCGUCACACAAGAAGACGUCUCUUCAGUGGAUAGCGUAGUUGUACACGAAGUUGUGGAAGUCAGCGUACCAACCGUCGCUCAAGAAGCUGUCCAUUCAGUGGACAGUGAAGUUAUACAUGAAGUUGUAGAAGUUUACCUACCAACCGUCAAACAAGAAGCUCUCCCUUCAGUGGAGAACGAAGUCGUAGGUGAAACUGUGGUAGUUAGCCUAUCUACCGUCACACAAGAAACGCUUCCUUCACUAGAUGAUGUAGUAGGUGAAGAUCUCGAAGUUACCCCUAUAAGCUAUGAAGUUGCCCCUUCUUCGGAAACAAAGGAAAAUAUACAAGUUAUUUCGGAAAUGAACCCACCCGUGGAUAUUUCAUCUGAUUUUGAAGUACAACCCGUUGUUAUCCCCGGCAAUGACGAGGUUGUAAUAGAAAAAGAAGAAGGGCUUCAGGCUUCAUCGGCGAUGAAUACUGAGCAGGCUGAACGUAUGAAUGUCGAAGAGGAUACGAUAAGCCUUACAGAGAGUCUACCAUUAGAUGUUCCUGAUAUGAUACCUAAUAAAUUCGAGAGCGUAAUGGCGUAUGUUUUGCAUAGGGAAAACAAUGAAGGAAGUAACGAGAUAAUAAGCGACCAUACAGAAUUACCAGAAUGUUAUAAGCAAGGUUCGUUUCUCUCCAUGUCGAACGAAGAAAAACAAAUACCCAAAGCAAAUCAACCACCCAUUGCCAGUGCAGUGGAAAGCGAUCCUCCAGAGGCGAAUAGAAAAACUGACGAUUUGAAUGAUGUAAGAGAUGAAAUUGAAAUCUUCUACAGUGUAAAAACAGAAGAUAUCAACGAAGUUAAGGGAGAAAUGGAAACUGGGACUGGAAUGGCAGUUACGAGUGGGGAAACACUGGAAGAAAUAAAUGCAAAUGAAAAUACAAGUGGAAAAAUAGACCUCAUUGUCGGAGAAAUAGAGCGUGACAUAGACCAUGAAGAAAGGAAAGAACAAGAAAAAGACGAAAAAGAGAGUGAAGAGGUGGUAGUGAUAGGGUCAACUGAAGUAGUCGUGGUAGCAGGAGAGAGAGAAGAAGAAAGAGAAGAGGAGUCGUUAGAGAAGGAGGAAAGCCAGAUAGAAAAGGUCGAAGUAGAAGAGGUAAUGGUAAUGUCAGAAGAAAAACAUAAAGAAGACGAGAAGGACAAAGAAAUUGUGAUUUCAGAAAAUAUACUAAUUGAUAAUGAAAACACAUUGAGUUCAGUUUCUGCGCUUGAAGUAAACAAGGUAGGAGAAAGAGAGAAACACCUCUUAACAAAGAAAGGCGUGUCAAAAAGUAACAAUACCUUCUUCAGAAGCUCUCCUUCGUUUGUUCAGUCAUGUGCUUCUGUUGACACCAAUGAAAAAGGGGUAAUAAAAGAUAUAGCAACGGACAUAACACCAAUAACUACAACAAUAACAACAACCACUACGACAAUAAUUGAAACAUCUACAACAGAUUUGACUCAGAAAGUGUUAAAAAAAUCGGACGAAACAGGAGUGGUGGUGGGAGAAGAAAUUACUUUAGUUGAAGCAGAAUAUAAUAUUGUGCCGACAAUCGCCAGUGAAAUACAUUCUACUCCAACUAGUGUUGAAAAUAUACAAACUGUAGUGGUUAGUGGGACAUAUUUAGGAGACAGUGUUGGUAAUAAAGAAGAGGAAGGGGAGGAAAAGAAAGAAGACGACAAAGAAGAAGAGGAAGGAAGGACAGUAGAAGGAGAAGAAACGCAUUUAAAAGAAGACAAUUCUGGCAGUAAUCUCGACCGUGUUUCAUACAUUCCCUAUUAUUCAACCAACUCUGAGAUGUUAACCCGGCUUAAACAACCACCAGAGGGUAAUCAGACACCGCUGAUAAGAAGUGAUUCAACUGCAACAGCAGCAGCUAAAACAAUAACAAAGAGCAAUGGAACUAUAUCUACAUACCCUGCAGUUACAAAUACCGUCAUAACAGAAAGUAGCACAAGUGUUAGCCCAGAACACGACACGGGUACGGGAGAGAGAUUAGUGUACGGAUUGAGUUCAGUUGAAAAAACUCAAGGAGAAAAUGUGCGAGAAAAUGAAUCUGUUGUAUUGGCUGCAUCGAAAGAGAGUGAAAGCAAUAGAGAUUUUAACGGCGAGCAAAACGCGAAAUACCCAGGCUCGGCAACAGUCAGUAGAAGCUCCAGCAGCUGUAGUAGUCUGGGCAGCAAUUUUCUUGGAGAGUUUGCCUCCCAAGAGUACAGUGAAGAGAAUGUGAAAGUUGAACCAACGGUCAUCAAAAGCACGAAUGAAACAGAGAAAGAGCAAGUGGUGACCGGAAAACCAGUAAAUUUCCUCCGUCGUAUUUUCGAAUCAGGGCGAUCAAUUUUCGGUGAGACGAAGAAAACAAGCGACAAGUCUACUGCAGAACCAGUUGAAUACCUUACGAACGGUACUGUUCACCCUCGACACCUGCAAGAUUCAAACGGAUUACUAAGAGAACAUGAAACAAUUGAUGCCAACAAAAACAACGAUCAAAUAACUCGUUGGACGACUCCUAUUACCGCGAAUGAACCACUCGCGUCUCAACCCAAUAAGCCAGCUGACGCCGCAAGUUUAACUGGUUACAAUGAUGCUAGACCCGGAACAGUAGUUGAAGCAAACUUAACCGGUUCAGAAGUUGUGAAUCAUGAUGUCAGCGGUGAUCGGUCUCGUGUUGAGAAUUUGAAUGCACUUAGUUCAUUUGAGAAAACUUCUCCCGACUCGGUUGACGUUCAACAUCAGACGCAGCGCUCACAUCGAGAAAUUAAAGAAAUACGAAGCUCAGAAUACCCUGAGGAAGAAUGGGCUUCACAUCUACAACAUAAAUCGGAGGCAGACUAUUUCAUUGUUAAGAACCCUUUAGUGAAAAACGGCACUGAAUAUGUUGCCCCUGAAAUUCAACAAACUUCUAACCAAAUGGUUGCUGCUUCACCAGUCAAGAAAGACUUCGAAACUGCUGAAGAUGUACACGCACAUAUUAAUACACCUGUAGAAACUUUGCCUUCGAGUGAAAUCAAUAGGAAUGAAAACAAUGACCUGUGGACAGUAGAAAGCCCAAGUGAAAUAAACAAACGUAUCAGAGCCGAUGGAGUCAUUGACUAUAAUAUUAUGCAACCGUUAAAGAAUAAAUUAAUUAGCGAUGAAACGCUCGAGUCUCAACCAAAUAUUCUUGCUCAAACCGCUCAAAAUACAUUUUCGGAAAAUUCAAUUAUUACACAGCAACCAACCCAAGCGGUCAUAUCAAACACAGAGACCGGUUUGACAACUUCUGAAAAUUAUAAAACACCAUCGUCUAGGAAUGUUGAAAUUUCUAGUCCAGCUAUUGUAGAAAGCUUUGUGACAUCGGAACAACGUCAAAGCUUUCUGCUUUCGCCCACACUAAAUGACGGAGAAAACGACAUUGAAGAUGGAAGUAUAGCGAUAAAUGAACAAAAAAGGGAAGCUUUAAUCAAGGGAAACGUACACCGUAGAAUCAAAGCAUUUGAGGUGCCGAAAGAUACAGUCAUGAAUGUAAAUAGCAAGCCAGUUAAAUUAAGAUCCCGGCCUUCCUUAUAUAAUAGUUCAGGUGAAGGCAGUACUGAAUUUUUAUACGAGAAAGUGAAAAGCGAAUUGCGCCCAAUACCAGCAAAAGAAGUGGUAGACACCAAAAUGGAAUCUAAUUUUAUAGAAGAGCACACUGAAGUUUCAGAACCAGCAUAUAUUUCCAAGUUAGAUAACGGCUUAGAAACAACAAUAACACCUUCUCCGAUAAUUUAUCGAGAAACUUCGAAGGAAAUUGAAAACCAUAUUGAGGAUAGGCCAGACGAUAAUGAUUCGAAUCAUCAGUAUAAAGUGGUCAGUUUAACACCAUCAACUGGGGAACACAACCAAAUAAAGCACGUUAUUUAUUGUGAAAUCAACCGAACAAAAAUGGAAAAUAAUACAAACGAUACUCAUUCAUCUGAAAGUGGAGAUGAACUCUCCGAUAAUGAAAACCAUCAAAUGAAGAAACAGAAAAGGAUUAAUCACCAGUUCAUGCCGAAUGUAAAUAAACCGGAGGCAACUAUACUACAAACAUCUUCAAAUCAUGUGUUACAUUCUCAGAUGAAGCCGCCAGAACCUACUGUUGUUAAAAAAAACCAUUCCGAAAAUUUUGUAGAUUCAGGAAUGGGAACAGAAACGGUCAGCUCCGAAGGUGAAACAGAAAUAGUAGAAACUUCGACAGAAUAUAGGUUUUUGCCACAAGUCAACUACCAAAAAGCAAUUUUGAUACCGUCACAAACUACAAACGUGCCGCCCAAACAGACUAUUACGAUGGAAUAUGUACAGAAGAAUUCUUCCACACCAGCCUUGGCACGACCGACCACUCUUGUAAAUAAUUCAUCGAGCAUCGAAGCACAUAAAAUCUAUGAAUUGAACACAGAACCGGAAAGUGUUUCAACAUCCGAUGCGGAAGAAGAUUUGAGAAUCGUCAGGGGAAAAUUACUUAUCAAAAAUGUUAUCGAUUCGCCGAAAGACGGAGACGAUUUCGAUGACAAUAUUAAUGUGUUUGCUGAUGGUUUUCACUUGGAUAAAGAAAACCCACUCUACCAAAGUGAUCCGGAUCUAUCCAAGAGAGAAGAAAGCGAAGAAGAAUCAGAAUUACAAGAGUGGACCGAUGAUAUUACAUUCGAAACUAUUGAUGAAAUUGCUAAAACACACUCAGUCAUGAAGAAAGAUUCCCAAAGCAAGCAGAAGCUGACUAAAACACUGCUUACUCGUUUGAGUAACAUCGAUUCCAAGGACAUCAAACAAAAUAUCAAUGUGGAACACAAACACGAAGAGAUUCACGGCGAUAUCGACUUUAUACAUGCUGACGGAAGCAGAAUCACAUCCAACUUUACGGAUAACUUCGAUUCGAUUGCCGAAAAUGUUGAACUGUGGGUACAAAGCGGCAAGGCUGUCAUUAUGAUCAAAGUAAUUGCCGAACGUAUCAUUCCAAUUGAUUACGAGUUCAACGUUUGGCGGAAAAGUUCGGCCAUCGUUACUCGCCAAAUUGAACUUGACCUACAGGCCAAUGAACAAAGACAACGCCUGUACGCACACGUCAUGAAAAAACAUGGCAAAUACGGUAGUGGCUACCAAUUAAAGGGAAGCUACGAAGACGACACUUACAUACAAGACCGUGAAAAAGUUCUGAACAGUCGCGAUACGUUCAAGCUGUUUAACCAGCUGUUGGAUGUUGCCGAGGAUUCGAAAGAGGACGGGGAUCAGGAAGAGCGUUACAUAGAGAAGACAGAAAGAAAUGCUCUUCAAAGACCUAACACAAAUGAUUUCAUGUACUGAAGAGGAAGAAUACGUAAAUAAGCCGUCUGUGCGUUUUUUCAUCCAACUGUCAUACAUCAUAUAUCAAAUCAUACCGUAUCAUAUCAUAUUAUAUAUAUAUAUAUAUAUAUAUAUAUAUAUAUAU